AUGAAGACACUUUUGGUUUUUAGCAUAAUCAUCUUGCGUCAAGGCCCGUCCGACAGUGUAUGUCUUUUACAUCUCUUUUUCUUUGUAGUCGAGACCAACAACGCUGGCCCUGGAAAUCUUGAGGUGACGGUGAACAAUGGACAGGUUCCCACCAGCGCUCAGGCACAGGGUAACCAUGUCUACGCCAUCUCCUUUACCCCGAAGGAGGCCAAGCCGCACGUGGUUGAGCUUAAGUUUAACGGGGAGAAUGUUCCGGGGUCUCCGUUCUCGUGUGAAGUGGUGGAUGUGUCGAGGGUGACCGUGGCUGGGACCGGGCUGGAAAAGGUGCCGGUGGACCGCCCUGCAUCGUUCACGGUGGACUCGCAGGCCACUGUGGACCAACUCGAGGUCAAAGUGCUUUCGCCCUCCAGGCAUGUCCUAGAACACCGUAUUAGUACGACAGACGAAGCCAAACUGAUGGUAGAAUACACGCCAGCGGAAGUGGGUUAGUGCGCAGGGCAGAAGCCUUUUCGGAGCAAAAUAUU